AUGGAGGAAAACGGACGUGGGGAAACGCUGUGCAAAGUUUGCGGAGACAAGGCAUCUGGGAAGCAUUACGGAGUACCGAGUUGCGACGGAUGUCGCGGUUUUUUCAAGCGGUCUAUCCGCAGGAAUUUGGACUAUGUGUGCAAAGAGAACGGCCGUUGCAUCGUGGAUGUAUCGCGGCGCAAUCAGUGUCAAGCCUGUCGCUUCACCAAGUGCCUUCAGGUCAAUAUGAAGCGAGAUGGUACGUUCUAUUUUGACACUGUGCAACACGAGAGAGCACCAAGGAGUACGUCUUCUCUUGUUGCAGCUGCGAGAAGAACUCCUUCGGGACUUUACGCAGGCAUUCCUAACGUUUAUCAUCCCGCAGGCAGUACCUAUCAUCCUCUUCUAUAUCCCGCAUUGUUUCCCUUCAAACCUACGGUACCAACAUUCACUCCGUCAGUUGCCGCACAUUUCUUGCCACGACCGUCUCCAGAAUCCUUGUCUAUGACGAACGCUAAGGAGGACGAAGUUACCAGCUCCGAAGAAGCAGCUACUGUCGACGUCAGAAUCGAAUCGAAAGAAGAAUUGGCGAAUACUCGUCUGGCGCCUCCAGUUAUCACUUCCAUCCCGUCGGAAUAUACCGUGCAAAGCUUAUCCCUUCUGCCGACCGAAAAUAUCUACGAGUUCGCGGCGAAGUUACUUUUCUUUGCUGUGAGAUGGGCGAGAAGUAUACAUUCCUUUCUGCAACUCCCUUACAGAGAUCAAACUAUCCUUUUGGAAGAAUCGUGGAGCGAGCUGUUUGUACUGACAGCCGCGCAAUGGAACUUUUCCGUGGACGAAACCACCCUUGUACCCGUAGAUCUGCCGAUGGAGCGAAGGGAAAUUCUUGUCGAUAAAGCGAGAAGAUUGAGAGAACUCUUAACAAAAUGUGCUACCUUGAGAGUGGAUCAUUCGGAGUACGCUUGCUUGAAGGCCAUAGUUCUUUUCAAGCCAGAGUCGCGAAACCUCUGCGAGCCAGGGCGAGUAUCGGCAUUGCAGGAGCAAACGGUCGCGGUUUUCUGCGAGAGGGAUGCGCGCAGGGUGGGCCGACUGUUGCUGCUUUUACCACCGGCGCGUGCACUCUGCCGCGUUACCCUGCACGAGCUCCUGUUUAAGCCGACGGUCGGCGAUGUCAGUGUGGAACGAUUGCUGGGCGACAUGGUCGGUGCUCUCAGACCCGUCUAACUAUUGUUUCCUUGUAAGCAAAGCAAAAAUUCGAGCCAUCGAUAGUCGCAAA